AUGGACAAAGUCGAGGAAUUGAAGCCUGAAGUUGAAGAGAUUUCAUGUGAUGAAGUAGAAAAUCGCGAUAAUGUAGGUGAAGGAAGUACAUCAGUUUCACAGAAUGAACAUGAUGAAAUUAUUGCCACAGAGAAAGUUCUCAAUGCAAUGUUAUUCUACCGUCGAUAUGGAAUUACCAGGAUUCAAAUGAGUAUCUCCUCAUACCAAAAACUCUCAAAAGACCAACAGGCGGCGCUUUCUCCAGCAUAUCAGUAUCAUCUUGUAAAAAUGAAAGAAUGCAUUAUUCACAAUCAAAAGGUGUUGAGGGAAAUAAUAGAAUGCGGAAUAAGUAUGUUUGGAGAUGAUUUUGCUCUACGUGCUGCUGCUCAAAUGACGCAAUUGAGGCCAUCCAGUGAUCAUUACAUGUCGAAAGUGAGAAGUACUCUGAAACAAAUUAUGAGGGAUUGGAGUAGUGAAGGUAAAAUCGAGCGGGAAAGUUGUUACAGCGAUACGGUACAAAUUCUACGUCAACUUUUUCCGGACAAAGAAAAUCGUUCAGCCGUCGAAGUUCUGGUUCCGGGCGCUGGGCUGGGACGAUUAGUUUGGGAGCUUGUUGCAGAAGGAUUCUCUGUCCAAGGAAAUGAAUUUUCGAUUCUAAUGUUGCUUACGUCAAAUUUUAUCCUGAAUAAGUGCAAACAGGCAAAUGAAUUUAAGAUUUAUCCUUUCGUGCUGGAUACAUGCAAUAAUUGGUCAUACGCAGAUCAGUUAAGAUCAAUAAGCUUCCCAGAUGUGUGUCCUGUUAUGCCUGACGAUAGACCAAAUAAAUUUUCAAUGUGUGCUGGUGAUUUCCUGGAAGCAAUGAAAAAUGAUAAAGAGCGAUGGGAUGUUGUUGUAACAGUCUUUUUUAUCGAUACUGCAAUCAAUGUGCUCGAUUAUAUUGAUACAAUUCAUAAGAUAUUGAAAAAAGGUGGUCUGUGGAUCAAUUUUGGACCGCUUACUUUUCAUUUUGCUGAUGGAGAAGCUGAGGGUGCUAUCGAACUACCAUAUGAUUCAAUUAUUCAGUAUAUUGCCAAGAAAAACUUUAGGUUUGAGCGCGAUGAACGGGCUGACAGAUCAAAUCCUGCAUUAUAUGCUUGCAAUAAGAAAUCGAUGUUACAUUAUCAAUAUAAUUGUGGAUUCUUUGUAUGCACGAAAUUAUAG